AUGUGGGAGCUUGCAUCUGGUUACCAACCAUAUCACAAUAUUGAACACGACGAAAACCUUAUUGUGGAAAUAUGCAACGGAUUGCGACCUGAAAUUACAAACGACACACCCGAGUGUUGGAGGAAUUUAAUGAGUCGAUGUUGGGACCCCGAACCCUCGAGCCGACCCAAAAUUGAAGAGAUUAUGAAAAUGUCUGAUGACGAUGAAAAAAUAUUUUGCCAACAAUUUAAGGAGGCCGAAGAAAAGCGUCAAAAAAUGAUUGAAUAUGGUACCCUAUUCGCAAAAGGGUAUGGAUCAAAUAAUCCGAAUUCAAUAUAUCAUAGCAGAUUACUGAGUCCUCUGAUAGAGGCAGCAAGAUCAAUCCUAAAUUCAAGGAACCCUGAUGUCACACGAUCUUUAGAAGUUGACAAAAAUCAACACGACUCAUCAAUAACCGAAUCAAAAAAUUUUGAUGAUGAUGAUUAUCGAACUGAAAUAUGUUCGGAUUGCCAUAACAGGGGAAAAUUAGCAAAUGCAGUAUGCGAAAUUUGUUAUUUCAAAAAUUUUAAUCUUAAAGUAAGUGGCAACAAGGAUAUAGACGAUUUCCUCAGGGAAUUAAUGAGAGGGCAUAGGCCUACUUUAGAGUGGAUACCGUACGAAGAAUUUUCAGGAGUAGAAAAGAUCGGUCAAGGCGAAUUAAGUAAAGUUUAUAUGGCAACAUGGCACAAAGGACCAAUUAAUGAGAACAGUAAGAGUUUUAUGCGGAAAUCCUCAAUAAAGGUGGCAUUGAAGGUUCUCAAUGAAUCUCAAAAUCUAGAUUCUAAAUUUUUUAAAAAGUUAAAGUUUUCGGGGUGGUCCGCGAAUGAUUUCUACGGCAUCUCGCGAGAACCAACAUCUGGAAAUUAUAUCUUUGUUAUGGAAUAUGCAAAACUGGGUAACUUAAAUAUCUACUUGCAAACGAAUUUUAAUAAGAUUACCUGGAUUAAAAAGAAAAUGAUUCUUAAUAAUAUUGUCGGAAAAAUUGGAUCAAUUCAUGGGAAGGGUAUAAUUCAUCAGAAUUUACAUAGCGGCAAUAUAUUGGCAAGGUCACCUAAACGCGUUUUUGGAAAAGUAUGGAUAUCCGACUUAGGAUUUAAUCAGGCUAUAAAUAAAAAAUCCGAAUACCCCGAGGUUUAUGGAGUUAUACCUUACGUUGCACCCGAGUACGAAGAAGCCGAGAAGAGACGUCUACAAAUGGUCAUGACUGAUGUAAAAGAAGCUGAACCAAACCAUCCCACCUCUGCAUAUCAUGCCAGAUUAUUAAAUCCUAUUAUGGAUUCUGCAAAUAUUAUUUUAAACUCACGGAGUUCAUCCAAUAUUAUGCAUCCUUCAGCGUCACCAAGCUCUCCGGAGAUUCAGGUUGAACCUCAGAGACCUAGAAAUAUUCCUUGCAAUAAGUAUCAAUUAAACAUAUCGAAAAGCGGUAACAAGGAUAUUGAUGAUUUUCUCAAAAAGUCAUUGGGGAACGAAGGAAGAUGCAUUUUAGAAUGGAUACCAUAUGGAGAAUUUUCGAAUCUUGAAAAGAUUGGAAGAGGAGGGUUUAGCAAGAUGUAG